AUGCGCGCGGCAGAGCGGCCAGUUCACCGUCGCGGCUUCGCCGUCCACAUCCAAAGUGAGUCCAAACAAACUGUCCUUGACACCAUCCGGUCACGAAAGGAGGCACUGGCAGCACAGAGCCAGGCAGCAUCACCAGGCAGUCCUGACAAUGCGGCUGUUAUACUGGCAUCGCCCGAUUUUGCGACUUGGCUCGACGACGAGGCGUUUUUGGCCGCUCUGCUCCAGCAGCUGCCAUUGAGUCAGCCGAGGAGCAGUGGCGGCACGGAGACGAGUGUCUUGUGCGCCGUUGUGGCCGCCCUGGCGGCGCCACAGACCACAGCGUGCGUCCGUGGAGGACGAGACGAACGGCCGCCCGUUUCGGGCCUGUCCAUUGCCUAUGGCAACACGGACGCGCUUCUGCCGGACAUGUGGCGCGGUGACGACAGCAAGGCAGCGCUCCGGCGCAGCCGCGGGUCCAUUGGCAGCGAUCUCGACCGGGAGGCGGCGGUGACCGUCCAAGUACCGCCGUUGGCGGGCGCGCAGGCGGACGGCGACGCGUCGCUGCGGGUGACGCUUCCUCUCAGCAACACCAUUUUCCAGAACGGCCGGCGGUCGACGCUGCUGGCGAGCCGGUGGCAGACUCUCGAACAGGGUGGCUUCCAACGCCAGACGCUCGAGGCGCGUGACCACCAGCUGAUUGUUGCACCGCCGUCAUCCUCAUCCUCAUCCUCAAUAUCGUCAUCAUCGUCACCAUCGACACAGGAUACGACAUGCGUGUCUGCGCCCCUAUUUGCCCUUUCCGAGCCGCUCCAGAUCGCGUCCGGGCUGGGCAACAUUGUGCGGCAGGUGUUUGACCGGGACAGCGCCAAGCCCAUUCCAGCAGCGCGCGAGCUCGAGGCAGCCAUUCCGGCGCUGCUGGCCGCUCGGCGCAGGGCAACCCCCGCGCUACAAGACGGGGCACUGGCGGUCUGGGGCCUCGUGAUCCCGGCACCGGCUGUGCCCGUGUACGAGCAGCUCAGGGCGAGGCUGCAGGCACAGCAAGAGUCGCCAUUGGACGCCCUGGCCGGCGAUGCAGACCACACCCCGGCAGCCGAGCAGCAGGCGGCGGCGCAGGCAUCCGCACACUUUACAGAGUUGUUGGCUGCAGGCUGUCGUCUGCACAGAAUUUUGAGCGGUGGAGGCGGCUGGGGCCUGAAGCAAGGCCUGCUCUCACUCGAUCCCCAGAUGAGCCAUCCCGCGGCAGCCAGUCUCUCGUCCGUUGCAGCGAGCAGCAUCGGUAGCGAUGCGUCGUUGCCACAGCAGGCGCCCAAAAUCCUCGGCGAGGAGCGUCGUGACGACGAAAUGGACGACGAAGCCAUGCUCAGCUUCAUCCGCUCGUUCAAAAACGAGACGCACAUGGGGCCGGACGUGAGCAAGAACGAGAGUGGGAGCGAGGUUGACAGAGCGGGAGGGGCCGUGGAUGGCGUGGCGAUGCCAGGAGCCUAUGUGCAGUUCUUUGUGGCGCCGUUGGCUGCAGCACCAGAAAACGCACAGUCCCUCAAUCAUGCCAAUGCCGAGACCGGCUCCGAUGCCAGCGGCUGGUCGAUUGCGCUCGGCGCACAAGCUGGCUACGACGGCAGCCCGCCCAUUUUGGCGUCUGACGACGACAGCCAAAGUGACCAGGUCGCAUUGAUCCACAAUCAUUUCGGUGCCGUCUCCAACCACGGCAUCUUUUUGUCCGCUGUUGCGCGCGCGAGAAAUGGAGGCAAUGGCAGCAAUAGCAGCAAUGGCAAUGGCAGUGGCGCGCACGCGACCCGCACCAAACUCGAUGCCCACAAUGCCUAUGUCUGGGGAAGCAUGCACCCGCGGUAG